AUGCGCUUUUAUGACAACGUGCUUACACUUUCGCCGAACUUCCGUGCCGUCCAUGCAAGUCCGUACGCACUGCCUCGCUCGAUGGAAACCAAGACCAAGGACGAGAUCUAG